AUGUUUAGCGUGAAUGAAUUCAACGCCGAAAGAUUAUUCAUAGCAUUUCUACCGUUUCACAGUACAAACAUAUUCGGCCGAUUGUUAUCGUUACUUCGGCUGAAAGGUAUUGAGUACGAUUGGAUUCGUGAAUAUGCCAAGUCAGAAUCACCAAUUCCGUUCGAGAAGAUCGUUUCGAAGUGUUUCUCGUCAAAUCAUUCUCUUCUUUCAAUUCUUCAUCAACAUAUCGAACAUCUUCUACAGUUGAUUGGUGCCGAUGAAAUGGAAUCGAAAAUGCCUCAACUAUUCUCAUUUCACGCCAAAUUGUGUGUCCAUCUCGUAUCUGAUCCAACCAAACUCAAUGACUCGAUCAUCGCCAAGAUUCUCCCGUUUCUAGCCACAUCGCUCAAAUCUCGAAUAAUAUCACUUCGUUUAUCAGCACUAAUGACCGUAUGUCAACUGUGCGUUACAGUAACGUUAUCGGAUACCGUAAUCAAGUCCUUAUUGAAAUUGAUUCUA